AUGGUGGUGGAGGGGGGGUGUGAGUGCUUGGUGACUUCAGCUAGCGCGACAAACGGCCCAUUCUCUCCACUUGAGGCCUUUAUUUGGUGGCCCUCGAACCGUUCUGUGACAGUCUUGGUGUGGGAAAGCAGAAAAGAGGCGCUUGACACGGCGGCCCUUAAUGCUGCCAACGCCUCCGCCACCAUGCAGACUGGUCGGGUCCUUAAGCGACGCCGAGUUCCAGUCACCAGAAAUGAGCACAUGUAG